UCAAGCGUUAGGUUUAAGUGAUAACUAUGUUUUUUUUAAUAAAUUUUAUGUUAUUAAUUAGUAAUGAGAAGAAACACUCACAUAGAUUCAUUUUAUAUUAGGCUGUGGAUGGAUGUUUUAUUUAUGGCGUGAUCAGUUUAUUGGAUUUGUUCUGAGAGAUCCAUUUAAAAAAAGUUUGAGAGUGACAUUACACCAGAAGGCGUCCUAUCCAAACGGAGCAAAUUGUAGUAAUCACACAGCUGGAAGAAUAGAUGUUCAAGGCGUAAACGUAGCAACAUCAUCAGUUUGGGAUUCGUACAUGGGCGAAAAAGUGAAAAAAACCUUGACUUAUCAAUUUAAUUAUGCGAAACAAUUUGUUGAAAUAGGUUUCAAAAAACACUGGGAUGGAAUGUUAAUCAAGCUCUUCAUAAAUUGCGUGGAUGAUACAGGAAAGAAUAUCUUAGACUACUCUGCGACAAGAUAUGUGAUGAUUAAAUAUGAAGGAAAUACUUCGUAUCUAAGCCCACCACCUGCAACAUCACCAUCACCCAAAACAACAAAAGCAACAGAAAACAAAACAAUAAAAACAACAGCAACAACAGAAAUUACUGCCACAAAUGCAACAAGAAAAACACGUAUUGUUAUUGUUUACAAAUGUAGUACUGAAACUGAAAAUGUACUUAUUGGUGUAUUAUCUCUUUUGGGUGGAGUUUUACUAAUUUUAUGUUUUAUAAUCUAUAUUGGAAAAAAGAAGAAUUCAUUGAUAAUAAAAAUUAAUUGGAAGAACAAAAAUCUGUCCCCUGCACAAGGAAAUCUGUAUGAUGAGAUUUUUUCACCUAAUUCAGUCAAUAUGGAAAUGACUAAAUCUGAUCAGGCUAGUAAACAUCUCUCUAUUAAUUGUAUAUUUCUUUUCACACAAACGAAUGAGCAUUACACUGAAUUAUCACUGUCACAAAAAGACGUUCCCCAAGCUAAUUACACUGGUCUUCACAGAAACAAUAAAGGUUAUGAUAAUUAUGAAACAGUGUUAAACGGCGUUCACAUGAAAAAAAUAUUGAAAAAUGCAUUGCGUAAUGUAUUACGUUUUGUUGAAACUCUCAAGGACUAA